AAUGAAUAACAUUCAAACCAAAUUAGAAGAAAUCUACGGAAAAGGGACCGUAGUUUUCAAUGAAACUACUCUCCAACUAGAGCCAGGUAUAACCAAUAUCUUCGAUUCAUCGCGGGAUCCUGCAGUUUUAUCCGAAUUAUGGGUGAAAUGGCGAGAUGCUACCGGAAAGAAAAUGGCUAAUCUUUACACAGAGUGGGUUGAACUACAAAAUACAGGCGCAUUAGAACACGGGUUUGAGAACUUAGGAGAAGCUUGGCGCCAGAAAGAAUUUUUUGACACACCCGAGCUUGUAGAAAUAGUUGAAGGUUUGUGGCAGGAGAUCAAGCCUUUGUACGUUCAGCUGCAUAGUUAUGUCCGCCGGAAGUUGAAAAAUUACUACGCUCAGCAUCAUCCCAACUACGACUUUCCUAAUGAUGGAAGUAUUCCUGCGCACCUAUUAGGAAAUAUGUGGGCACAAGAAUGGGAUAACAUCUUUGACAUUGUGCAACCAUAUCCGGAAGUCAAGGAACCGGAAUUCGAUAAGAAAAUGGUAGAAAAGGGUUACAAUGUUGGCAACAUGUUCCGGAUAGCAGAGGAGUUUUAUACGUCUAUAGGACUGUAUAAAAUGGUGCCUGAUUUUUGGAAACGCUCCAUGCUAGUCCGUCCUAAAGAAAAAGACCGGGAAGUGCAAUGCCACGCCUCCGCUUAUGAUUUCUACAACAAUGAUACCUUUAGAAUAAAGAUGUGCACAGAAGUUAAAAUGACUUAUUUUCAAACCAUACACCACGAGAUGGGUCAUAUAGAGUAUUUUAUGGCAUAUCGGGAUCAGCCUGCAGUGUACAGAUCGGGAGCUAAUGGCGGAUUCCAUGAAGCCAUCGGAGACACGAUCGCCCUGUCAGUGCGUACGCGCAAACAUCUUCAGACACUUGGUUUACUUGAAGAAAAUUCUGUUUCUGAUGAAGAUAAAAUGAAAUCUGACAUAAACUAUCUGAUGAGACAGGCCUUGUUAAAGCUAGCGUUUCUCCCCUUUGGUUAUUUGGUGGAUAAGUGGAGAUGGCGCGUAUUCAGUGGAGAAGUCACGCCCGACAAAUAUAAUGAAGAAUGGUGGAAAAUGAGGUUGGAGUACCAAGGAGUGACCUCCCCUAUCCCAAGAACUAAUACAGACUUUGAUCCCGGGGCAAAGUUCCAUGUUGCAGCUAAUUCACAGUACAUCGUAUAUUUUACCAGUUUCAUCUUGCAAUUCCAAUUUUACGAGGCCAUGUGUAACGCUAGCGGUCAUCAAGGACCACUUUAUACGUGUGAUUUCUACCGAUCCAAAGAGGCCGGACUCAAACUUUUGAAUAUGUUGAAACUUGGUGGCAGCAAGCAUUGGAAAGAGGCUCUGCAACAGAUGACGGGGAAAACUAAAAUGGACACAGAACCUUUCAAAAAAUAUUUUCAGCCUUUAUUGGAUUUUCUAAAGAAAGAAAAUAAAGGAGAAGUGGGUUGGGCAAAAGCAAAUAUAAAUUGGAAACAGGAGACUAAAAAAUAAAGAAAACAA